AUGACGGAGACGACGAUCCGUACCGAUGAGGCCCGCGACCUCACGCGAGUGGAGCGCAUUGGGGCCCACUCACACAUCCGCGGCCUUGGGCUUGACGACGCCCUCGAGGCCCGCGUGACCAGCCAGGGAAUGGUCGGCCAACUCGAGGCUCGCCGCGCCGCAGGUGUGGUGGUGCAGAUGAUCCGUGAGGGAAAGAUUGCCGGUCGCUGCGUUCUUCUAGCUGGUGGACCGGGUACAGGUAAGACGGCCAUCGCAAUGGGAAUGGCACAGGCACUGGGAGCAGAGACACCAUUUACGAUGAUCGCCGGGAGUGAAAUUUUUUCGUUGGAGAUGUCCAAAACAGAGGCCCUUACGCAGGCGUUCCGACGCAGCAUAGGUGUACGAAUUAAGGAAGAGACGGAGAUGAUAGAGGGAGAGGUAGUAGAAAUUUCUGUGGAGCGACCCUCUACAAAUCCAGCAGAGGCGAAGGGACGUACCGGACAACUGGUGUUGAAGACAUCAGAUAUGGAGUCUACCUUUGAUCUUGGUGUAAAGAUGAUUGAAAGCCUUCAAAAGGAAAAAGUACAGGUAGGAGACGUUAUUACAAUUGAUAAGGCAACUGGACGCAUUAACAAGCUAGGUCGUAGCUUUGUGCGUAGCAAAGAUUAUGAUGCUAUGUCAUCUAAUACAAGGUUUGUACAAACUCCCGAGGGUGAAUUAUCUAAACGAAAGGAAGUUGUACAUACAGUGACGUUACAUGAAGUUGAUGUUAUUAACUCAAGACAACAAGGAUUUCUUGCUUUGUUUGCUGGUGAUACUGGAGAAAUUAAGCAUGAAGUACGAGAACAGAUUGAUCAACGUGUGGCUGAGUGGCGAGAAGAGGGAAAAGGAGAAAUUAUUCCUGGAGUACUCUUUAUUGAUGAGGUACAUAUGCUUGAUAUUGAAUGUUUCUCAUGGUUAAAUCGUGCACUUGAGAGUCCACUUGCACCGGUUGUUGUUAUGGCUUCUAACCGUGGUAUUUCCCGUAUUCGUGGUACACAGUAUAAGGCACCACAUGGCAUUCCUAUUGAUCUUCUUGAUCGAAUGGUAAUUAUCACUACAAAACCAUACACAGAGGCGGAACUGAGUAAAAUUAUUAAUAUUCGCUGUGAAGAGGAAGAUGUUGAGAUGGAUGAGGAUGCAAUUGCACUACUCACUAUGCUGGGAAAGAGUACAUCAUUACGGUAUGUCCUUCAACUCAUUACAACUGCAAAUCUUGUGGCACAAAAACGUCGGGCAUCUACAGUUUCUAUACAUGAUAUUAAGAAAGUUUAUUCUCUUUUUAUUGAUCUACGUCGAAGUGUUGAACUGUUACGGGAGCACGAGAAGGACUUUUUGUUUGGUGAAGCAGAUGAGGGAGUUGAGUUGUCACAUGGUUUAAAUGGCCAAAACGAAGAAGAAAAAUGUUAG